ACUUUUGGCCAUCGGUUUCACCGUGUACAGAUACAAUAACCUCGACCCAGAAUCGCACCCGCAAAAUGCACAAGAGAGUCGAUAAAGUAGUGCACGCGUGUAAGUCACCGACUACUGACCAACGGAUUUAAAAUCUAGGAUAUAGGAUAUAGGUCCGCGAUAGAUCCUACUUGUGGCUCAUCCGAGUGGAGAAGUUUACACGGGGAUUUUAGCAUGACUGUCAUGGUUUUUGUGUGAUUUCACUAUGAUUUUUAACCGUCUUGUUAUAUAAAAAUGGCACCAUCUUGGUCUAUACAUUUACUCACUCGGAUGAGCCACAAGUAGGAUCAUCCCUAGGUGUAGAACGGGCAUGAGCGAUAUACAUAUUUAUACAUAUGUAUGUGUAAACAAUGUCAACGUAAGAGGCUGGUCCUCACUUGACGCUUUUAUCUUAUUAAAAUUCUGAGAUGAAACCUUUUUCUUCGCCAGUGAGUAAUAAAUAAACAAAUUUCCUUUCUUCGACCAACUGGCAAUUUUUAUUAGACUAGCACUACGUUUCGACUGCGAUUCCAGUCCUUCUCAAGUGCAUUAAAUUAACAUAAGCGCGCUCACAACAUUUAGAAGCUCCCACAUUGUGCCAACAAUGAGUCAAUUUUCAUAACUAAAACCGUAAAGUGUCACAUAUGUAAAACGCCGUAUUGAGUGAAAUCAGGCCAAUAACAUUAGAAAUAUAUAUCAAAAUGAGAUCAAAAAGGUAGCUUAAUAAAUAUGUGCAACAAUUGAAAGUUGGAAAAAAACGGUAAAAAACAAAUUUAUAUGCAACACUUACAUGUUUAGCGCCUCUGUUAAAUUGGAGACAUAAAAGUAUUAUCAUCUUAUAUGGAGAGACUAAAUUCCUGACUUCAAGAAGCACGUCAAUCUUUUAUCUUAUUGUUAACUGGUAUAGUUGGCAGUUUCGUGGCACGAAAAAUUCCUUUUAACGUUUAACACUUUCAUCAGAAUUCUUUCUUCCUUGCGCGUGUGGACGACGAUAAAAUUAACAAUUAUGGUUUAAAACUUUUAUAAUAUCAAGGGACAGCUACGUGCGAUGCACCUCGUAAUCAUUUGAGAAAACAUAAAAAAAAUUAAGUGUGCCAACCAUUGUUGCUUCAACUUACUAAUUGCUCGGCCAACAAUUUUUCAAGGUCAAUUGAGUUCAUACAGAAAAGUUAUACAUAUUCGAAUACGCGUGAUGUUUAUAUUAAUGUUGCAUUUCUUGUUCAAAAUGAAAUCCUCCCAGCCGCAUAGCGGCAUACCCGCUAUACCUUGCAUACUUGAACUUUCAGUUACGUAACGAAUACUACAUAAUGAAUCGCGAUAAACAAUUUCAGCUGCUACGAAUGUACGACUUUAUAGUGGUCGGAGGUGGCAGCGCGGGUGCCGUGGUGGCCUCGAGAUUGUCGGAAGUAGCUAAUUGGUCGGUGCUACUCUUAGAAGCUGGUGAUGAUGAGAACGAAAUAUCGGACAUCCCUCUGCUCGCCGGAUACAAUCAGCUCACGGAAUUCGAUUGGAAGUACCAGACCUCACCACCCAGCACAUCUGCCUAUUGUCUCGCCAUGAUAGGCGACAGGUGUAAUUGGCCGCGCGGCAGAGUACUCGGAGGAAGCAGCGUUCUCAACGCCAUGAUUUAUGUUCGUGGUAAUAGGCAAGUAUUAUACGUAGGUACAUUUUUCACCUUUGUUGCUAGGACUAGAACGAUACUUUGCUCUCGCAGGUACGAUUACGACAACUGGGCUCGAGCGGGUAAUACGGGAUGGAGUUACGAGGAGGUGCUCCCUUAUUUCCUCAAGUCUGAAGACAAUCGUAAUCCGUAUUUAGCGAGGACACCUUAUCACGAGGCAGGUGGUUACCUAACGGUGCAGGAGCCACCCUGGAAAUCUCCUCUGGCGAUCGCCUUUCUGCAAGCUGGUCAAGAGAUGGGCUAUGAUAAUCGCGACAUAAACGGGUUCAAUCAGACUGGCUUUAUGUUGACGCAAGCGACAAUUCGACGUGGCAGUCGAUGCUCCACGGCAAAGGCCUUCCUACGACCGGUGAAGAAUCGAUCGAAUUUGCACAUAGCGAUGCACGCUCAGGCUCUGAGGGUGCUCUUUAACGCCGACAAAAGGGCGACGGGCAUACAAUUCCUCCGUGACGGUAAACAGCAGGUCGUGAGAUGCAGAAGAGAAGUAAUCUUAUCCGCCGGCGCGAUUAAUUCGCCUCACUUGCUCAUGCUGUCCGGGAUCGGUCCCAGCGAGCACCUGACUGAGUUCGAUAUUCCAGUGAUAUCCGAUCUACGAGUUGGGGAUAAUCUUCAGGAUCAUGUCGGCCUUGGCGGGCUGACUUUUCUCGUAAACGAGUCCAUCACCCUGAUGAAGGAGCGAUUUCAAACUGUCCCGGUAAUGUUCGAAUACAUCGCGAGGGAGCGAGGACCUCUGACUACUCCGGGAGUCGAGGCAUUGGCCUUUCUUAAUACCAAGUAUGCUGACAAGUCCGGUGACUAUCCGGACGUGCAGUUCCAUUUCGCGCCAACGUCCAUCAAUUCCGAUGGCGAACAAAUAAAAAAGAUUCUCGGUCUGAGGGAUCGCGUGUACAACAUUAUGUACAAACCCUUGCACAACGUCGAGACCUGGUCGAUCUUACCGCUUCUACUGCGGCCCAAGAGCACAGGUUGGGUCAGAUUGAGGAGCAAGAACCCUUUGGUUCAGCCGGAUAUCAAUCCCAACUAUUUCACGCAUAAGGAGGACGUGGACGUUCUCGUGGAAGGGAUCGGAUUGGCGAUGCGGGUGUCCAAUACCAGCGCGUUUCAGCGAUUCGGCUCGAGACCUCAUACGAUUCGUAUGCCAGGCUGCCAUAAAUUUCCGUUCGAUACGUAUGAAUAUUGGGAGUGCGCCGUACGACACUUUACCUUCACAAUUUAUCAUCCAACGGGUACUUGCAAAAUGGGACCGCGAGGCGAUCCCACGGCCGUCGUGGACCCGCGACUGAGAGUUUACGGGGUGAAGGGACUCAGAGUCGCCGAUGCUUCUGUAAUGCCGACCAUUGUUAGCGGCAAUCCGAACGCACCAACCAUCAUGAUCGGCGAGAAAGUCAGUGACAUUAUCAAGGAAGAUUGGCGCGUGAAGGAAAAGCAACGUAUCGGACGAAAUUCAUAGAAAUCAACGGGGACUGUACGUGAAUGCGUGUACAUCUUGUCGCAUCUCCGAAUACAACCAAAAUUCCAAUUGUAUCGUAUGAGGGAUGGCUACUAAACUUUCUA